AACUGGGCGCAGACAGAAGAGCCUGGAGACAGAGGAAACCUCAACUUUCUUCCUUCCCCGCUGCCCUCCACCCGCUCCCACCAUGAAGAGGGAAAUACUAACCCUGGCCUUCGCUCGGUCCGUCUUUGUGGAGUUCAUCUCCACGCUCAUCUUCGUCUUCAUCGGCCUCGGCUCAGCCCUGAAGUGGCCGUCUGCCCUCCCCAGCAUUCUUCAGAUCUCGCUGGCCUUCGGGCUGGCCAUCGGCACCUUGGUGCAGGCAUUUGGCCACAUCAGCGGCGCCCACAUCAACCCGGCGGUGACCAUCGCCUUCUUCGUCGGGAACCAGAUCUCCUUCCUCCGGACGCUCUUCUAUGUCAUCGCCCAACUGGUGGGGGCCAUUGCCGGGGCUGGCAUCCUCUACGGGGUGACACCGACCAACACCCGUGGCAACCUGGCCAUCAAUGCGCUCAACAACAACACAACCCCUGGCCAGGCCCUCGUGGUGGAGAUCAUCCUCACCUUCCAGCUGGCCGCCUGCAUCUUUGCAUCCACGGAUAACCGGAGGAACGGCAACGUGGGCUCCCCAGCACUGUCCAUCGGCCUCUCAGUCGCUGUAGGGCACUUGGUGGGGAUCUACUUCACCGGCUGCUCCAUGAACCCAGCCCGGUCCUUCGGGCCCGCGGUCAUCGUGAGGAAGUUCAGCCCGGCACACUGGGUGUUCUGGGUUGGACCCAUCCUCGGGGCUUGCUUGGCCGCUCUGCUCUACUUCUACAUCCUUGUCCCCUACUGCAUGAACAUGUCAGACAGGGUUGCCAUCGUCAAGGGCACCUACGAGUCAGAGGAGGAAUGGGAAGAGAGGAGAGAGGAGAGAAAGAAAUCCAUGGAGCUGACCCCACCAUAGGAACGGUUGAGAGAAAAAAAAAAAAAAAAAAAAAAAAAAACAAGCAAAAAAGAAGGGGGGGAAGCCCCCCAACAUGGGCUCAUGUGUGCACCAAAGCCAGACAAUGAACAUCCAGCUACAGUAGACUCUUAAGCGAAACUCUUUUAACUCAAAGGCCAUCUGCGACACAGCAAGGAGUAUGGCAGAGUCUGUGUAUAUAGUCCCUCUCUGUUGAGUGUGAGCGCUAGAACCUCUCCGAGCUUCUCUGCAGCCAACCAAGCCCAACCCAAGACCCUCAGCCCCGGGUAGCCCCUCAUCUGGGGGUUUCCCACCCCCUCGGUGACAUCCCUGCCCUCCCGGGGUGCCGUGAUUUCCAGAGGGCUGACACCCCACCUCCUGGCAUGCUCAGGGUCUCACCCCUGCGCCAGGUGGCCCAGGGGAUGGAUGGAGACACCAUGUGGAGACCAGCAAAGAAGAAGGAUGGCUUUGGGCAGGUGGGUGCAGCAAAAACCCCCCGUUUUCCCCUCACCCCACCACAGGGCCCACACUGCUCAUAGAUGCUCUUUCAUGCAUUAGCUGGUGCUGGUGAGUCUUAUUUAUUCGUGGCUGCAGAAAGGAACGUGAUUUUUUUUUGGAUUUUGUGUUGAGAUCUUUGUAAUAUACUAUAUUAUUUAUUGUGAAU